CGAGAGAAUAAAAUAAAACAAAACCAAACAGAGCCUUAACUCUCCCUUCCAUUGAUCUCUCUCAAUUCCUCUGCUUAUAGAAUCAAAUCAAUGGCAAUUGCAUUAAGAUCCUCAUCAAUAAUCACCAAAACCAAAUCAUUUUCUUCUUUAUUAUCACGCGCCACUUUCUCUUCAACUUUCACCUCAGAAAAUGACCAUAAAACGGCGGCGGCUUCGCCGUUUUUCACCCCGAAUAGCAAUCUUGAUCGCCGGAACCCUAGUAAGGAUAAAAAUAUUCAAUGGGUAUUUCUAGGUUGUCCCGGAGUAGGUAAAGGAACUUACGCUUCUCGUCUCUCUAAUCUCCUCGGCGUUCCUCAUAUCGCCACCGGUGAUCUCGUUCGUGAUGAGCUUAAUUCUACCGGCCCUCUCGCUUCUCAGCUUAAGGAGAUUGUUAAUCAAGGGAAAUUAGUUUCGGAUGAGAUUAUUAUUAAUUUAUUGUCGAAACGGCUUGAAGAUGGAGAAGCUAAAGGUGAAUCUGGUUUUAUUUUAGAUGGCUUUCCGAGAACUAUUCGACAAGCGGAAAUAUUGGAGGGCGUAACAGAUAUUGACUUGGUGGUUAAUCUAAAGCUUAGGGAAGAAGCUCUACUUGCAAAAUGCCUUGGAAGAAGGAUGUGCAGUGAGUGUGGAGGAAACUAUAAUAUCGCUAGCAUUGACCUCAAGGGUGAGAAUGGGAAGCCUGGAAUGUAUAUGGCUCCGUUGCUUCCUCCUCCUCACUGUGCAUCAAAACUUAUCCAACGAUCUGAUGAUACAGAAGAGAUUGUUAAGGAGCGUUUUCGCAUUUACAAUGAAAUGAGUCGACCGCUUGAAGGUUUCUACCGCAGUCGUGGGAAGCUAUUGGAGUUCGAACUUCCUGGGGGAAUCCCAGAGUCAUGGCCUAAGUUGCUUCAAGCUCUGAAUCUUGACGAUCACGAAGAAGAGGAGUCAGAGACUGAAGGCAACAUGGUAACCAUGUAACAUACUUGCAAGGUAAUUAAAUUUAGGUCAUUCUUUGCUUGUGAGAGGCGAUAUUUAAUUAAUGAAAGGGAGAAAAAAACACACGCAUGUGCAAUAAACAAAUUCUAAACAGUUAGAAAUUGUGUGAAGAGCAGGGAGGUCCUGUGAACUGUUAGUUAUACUAUCUGUUUGGGUUUGGUUAGUCCAAAGUAAAGUAAUCAAAUAGCUUUAAGUUUAACAUUGAUGAAAUUAUCUUGGUUAAUGGGUGGUUUAGUCCAUUGCUAAUUAUAUUUUGGGCAAUUGUUAUUGCUGUUCAA